AUACUGGGCAGGAUUCAGGUAGGGCCCCAAGCUCAGAGGAGGCGGGGAGCCACAAAGGGGCGGCAGUUUGCAGGUGUGCGUGGGCGUGGCAGCGUGCCUCCGGCAGCCUGAAAGUGUCUCUGAGGUUCACAGACCGGGUGACCCCAGCCUCACACAGGGCAGCUCUUACUGUCCAGGGUAGGGAUGUCAAAAGUCCGCGGAGGCUGAAGACCCUGUGGAACCCCGCCAGGAAACCCAGGAGUGUCAGAGGGCCGCGGCACCGUCUGGCACCGGAAGCCAGACGGGUAGGCGGAGCCUCACCUGGAUUAAGUUUACUGCUGCCUAGGCAGGCUGAGACUAGGUGCUGGGCACCUGGAAGGAGGAGGCGGCAACGACAGCCAAGGCUGUCAACAGAAGUUCUGCCUAAACUUGGAGGUGGUGACUUCUGCGGAGGAUAAUGGCUGUCCAGGUGCUGCGGCAGAUGGUAUAUUUCCUACUGAGCCUGUUCUUCCUGGCUCCAGGUGUCCGAGGUGGCAGUCCCCGAGAAGACUUCCGCUUCUGCGGCCAGCGGAACCAGACGCAAGGAAGCACCCUGCAUUAUGACCAGUCUUCGGAGCUGCACAUCUCCGUGUCGAACACGGAGAAGGCCCUCAGGAUCAAGGCCCCCUUCCCUGCAGCCCCAGAGGCCCCCCUCUUGGUGCCGUUCCCAGAGCCUAGGGGGCUCUACCACUUCUGCCUCUACUGGAGCCGUCACAGCGGGAGACUCCACCUGCGCUAUGGCAAGAAUGACUACUUGCUGAGUAACAGAGCCUCCAGCCUCCUUUGCUUCCAGAGACAGGAGCAGAGCCUGGAGCAGGGCCCCCCACUGGUCGCCACCUCCGUCAGCUCCUGGCGAAGCCCCCAGAACACCAGCUUGCCUGGGGCAGCCAGCUUCGUCUUCUCCUUCCACAGUGGCAAGCUCAGGCAGUCUGUUGCCCUCCCAGAUGCCCCACACAAGGUCUCCCACAAUGCAUCUGUGGACAUGUGUGAUCUGAAGAAGGAACUGCAGCUGCUCAGCAGGUUCCUGCAGCAUCCUCACAAGGCCUCCCGGCGGCCCUCAGCAGCUCUCGUCAGCCAGCAGUUGCAGAGCCUGGAGUCAAAGCUGACCUCUGUGAACUUCCUGGGAGACACAGUGUCCUUCGAGGAGGACCGGGUCAAUGCCACAGUGUGGAAGCUGCCACCCACAGCCAGGCUAGAGGAUCUGCAGAUUCAUUCCCAGCAGGAGGAGGAGCAGAGUGAGGUCCAGGCAUACUCCGUGCUGUUGCCCCGGGCGGUAUUCCAGCAGACCAGAGGCCGUCGCGGGGAUACUGCCAAGAGGCUCCUGGUAGUGGACUUCAGCAGCCAAGCCUUGUUCCAGGACAGGAAUUCUAGCCAGGUCUUGGGCGAGAAGGUCUUGGGAAUCGUUGUCCAGAACACCAAAGUUACCAACCUCUCGGAUCCUGUGGUACUCACCUUCCGGCACCAGCCACAGCCGAAGAAUGUGACUCUGCAGUGCGUGUUCUGGGUUGAAGACCCGACAUCAAGCAGCCCUGGGAGCUGGAGCAGUGAGGGCUGUGAGACCGUCAGCAGGGACACACAGACAUCCUGCCUGUGCAACCAUCUGACCUACUUUGCAGUGCUGAUGGUGUCAUCCACGGAGGUAGAAGCCAUUCACAAACACUACCUUACACUCCUGACCUACGUGGGCUGUGUCAUCUCUGCUCUGGCGUGUGUCUUCACCAUUGCUGCCUACCUCUGUUCCAGGAGGAAGUCACGUGACUAUACCAUCAAAGUGCACAUGAACCUGCUGCUGGCAGUCUUCCUGCUGGACGUGAGCUUCCUGCUCAGUGAGCCCGUGGCACUGGCGGGCUCCGAAGCAGCCUGUCGCACCAGUGCCGUUUUCCUGCACUUCUCCCUGCUUGCGUGCCUCUCCUGGAUGGGCCUCGAGGGCUACAACCUCUACCGGCUGGUGGUUGAGGUCUUCGGAACCUACGUCCCUGGCUAUCUGCUCAAGCUGAGUGUCGUGGGCUGGGGUUUUCCGGUCUUCCUGGUCACUCUGGUGGCGCUGGUCGAUGUGAACAACUAUGGCCCCAUUAUCCUGGCUGUGCGCCGGACUCCAGAGCACGUCAUAUACCCUUCUAUGUGCUGGAUCCGUGACUCCCUGGUUAGCUAUGUCACUAACCUGGGCCUCUUCAGCCUGGUGUUCCUGUUCAACCUGGCCAUGUUGACCACCAUGGUGGUGCAGCUCCUGCGGCUUCGUCCACACAGCCAGAAGUGGCCCCACGUGCUGACCCUGCUGGGCCUCAGCCUGGUCCUUGGCCUUCCCUGGGCCUUGGUCUUCUUUUCCUUUGCUUCUGGCACCUUCCAGCUUGUCAUCCUCUACCUCUUCAGCAUUGUAACUUCCUUCCAAGGCUUCCUCAUCUUCCUGUGGUACUGGUCCAUGCGGUUCCAGUCCCAAGGUGGUCCCUCACCUCUGAAGAGCAACUCUGACAGCGUCAAGCUCCCCAUCAGCUCCGGCAGCACCUCUUCCAGCCGCAUCUAGGCCACCGCCCCAGCUCCCCUUGGGAGAACACACAUAUGGCCUCCGCUCACACUGUCUGUGGCCUGGUGCUGUGCCCUGCCUUCGUUGGUUAGUGGCAUGCUAGAGAAGGCCCUGGUCCUACAAGGGAUAGGGCUGUCGCUCUGAUAGGUAGAUACCUAGCUGAUCUUGGGGAACUACUUUGGUCCCCAAAGGGCUCAGAAGCACACUGCCAUUCUGUCUGUUGGGCUGUCCUCACAGCUGUUUCAGCCUGGAGCUGGGGCCUUGUCUUUCUAGCCACCUCUGGGCCCAGCUGCUGGGUGUUGAGACCUGCAGGCCCAAACUAGGGUUUAGGUUAGAUCUAAGAGGCUGACACAUCCUGCCUGAGGCACGGCUGCCUUGGCUCUUGCCGCUCUGUCCCUGUGGUCACCACGUAGCACUUUGCCUGUCUCUGACUUCUGAUCCUGAGGGUGGCACUGAAGGUAGAUGGGGUCCCAGGCCAAUGCUGUGAAGCAGUUGGGGAAGCAGUUUCCAGGAGUUUCCUGGUGCCUGCCAUAAACUUUUGUCUGCUGUGUGGGCCUUGGUUCCUGGGCUGGACCAGGCCAACCUGUCUGAGCCUUUCUCCGAAGCUGCCUCACCUUGGCUCACACCUCAGAGGGGCCUUUGCCUCUCCAGAAGCCUCCCUCCAGCAAGAAUUGUGGGAUGUGGCGCUUUUUUCAACCCAGCAUGCUGAAGAUCCAGACAGCCCCCUCUCUGGUGACACUGGCCAAGCUUGAUAUUCUCAUGAGGGGUGGUCUUCAAAAUCACCACAGAUGGCUCUGAGGACACCGGGUUGCCUUUUGUGGUGAAUUCUGUCCUACUAACACAUCCUGGUUUUAUGCUGGCUGUGCCAGGUGGUAAGAAUACAAGUCACCAGACCUGGCAAUGGCCCCUGAAAGCUCUCUCAAUGUCCUGGAGCUUUAGGUACAGGGCUGGCAACCCAGGAGGACUUCCUUCAGGAGGCGGCAUUUCAUCUUGACCUCAGCCUUCAAGUUGGGAAGGAUGCUCUUUUUCAGUACCAAUUCAUUUGUCUUUUGAUAUUAAAGCUCUUUGUAGAGAGUCUGGAAACUGUAGGAGAUUGUUGAGAAGGAAAAUAAAAACCAGCUGUUAUAUAAUGCCAUGGCAAAGCAA